AUGGAUACAUUAAAUGUUGUUCUGAAAACAGGAUACAAAAUUGUUAAGGAUUUUUCCGAACAACAUAUUCACAUGGAGACGUCAGGAGGGUCAGAGAGUUCUGGAGGAGAAGACUCAGAGGCUCGGCGGUCACGAAGAGGCCACGUUCUUGCGGAACUUCUACAGACUGAAAGAAUCUACGUACAAGAAAUGGGCUCAAUUCUCACUUGCAAUAUGAAACAUGGAAAAUACGACCUCCACAAGUCUUCCGCCGAUCUUAGCAUUGGCACUUCCUACUCAUGGUACUACAGAAAAAAUGAUAGCACCACAACGCGGAAGAAGAAACUUUCGAGAACCGCCUCUGAAUCGACUCUUUUCAGUGACUAUGCGAAUCAAAUAUCGCUCUUCGAUAAAACGAAAAAUAAAAAGAAGAAAAACCCUAGUGUCGUACCAAAUCGAAUUACAUGCCAGAAAAAGAACUUAAAGCCAGUGUACCUAUUACCGUUUAUUGGAAACUUUUAUUACGGUGAAGUACUACCUGGUUAUGAAGACACACCGAAAACAGAAGAGAAGAUUGUUUACUUGCCGGAUUCCGAUGUUUUGACAGUAUCUGAACGACAUAACACUGAACUGGCGUCAUUAGCAAGCAGUAACUCAACUCUAGUUUCUUUUGGGAACACCGUAAAAAAUCCCAUCUACGGCUUUAAAGAAACGGACGUCCACGUAUCGACUACAGAGUAUUUAUCUGAUUCGUCAAUUACUAAAGACUCUCAAUUACAAACUAACAGUUGUACAGAAAUACGAGAUACAAUGGAAAGCAGCAAAGCGUCGAACGAUGUUUUUAUGAAUAUAAUGAAGGAUUAUAAAAGAAUAAUGAAAGAAUGGAAUAGCACUAUAAUAGACCACUAUUCCACGGGCUCCCAUUCAAAACGUUCCACAAUGUGUUCGAAAAGCAACACAGAGAGCUACGUACGAAGUUUGCAUUCAACAUUAUCGUAUCGAAAGAAAAGGCGCGAAAAAUGGUCCAUUAAUCAUAAACAAACAUAUAGUCAUAAGUGCAAACGAUAUCAGAGUAAACAUCGCAAAAAAUCUCAAAGCCUGAACAAGAAUCAGACGUUCAGUAAUUGGUCGUCGACGUUACAGAAUUUUAAAAACAUCUUCCAAAAGCACGGUGAAAAUAUAACACAUCGCGAUUGUUUGGAAGCAAUUUAUGAAGAUUACGAUAGGCGUUUACAACAGUGGUGCGAUGCCAUCAGUGAAUACCCGUCUUCGUUUGACUCGGGAUACAAAGAUGAAAUUGAAAAAGCGGAAAACCAACACGCCCUGCCACCAGGACUAGCAGGACAGGCAGAUGUUCUGUUUGGAAACCUUCACGAACUCUUCACAUUCCAUCAAGAAAUAUUUCUUAAGGAUUUAGAGAAAUCAAUCUCAGCGACAGAACUUGUUGCGCUCUGUUUUGUUGAAAAGAGAGAAACAUUCUUUCGCCUAUACAGUUAUUAUUGCCAAAACAUACCUCGUUCAGAAAGGCUUCGAGAGACACUGGUGGACACACAUCUAUUUCUUCAGGCUUGCCAACAACGUCUCGGUCACAAGCUGCCCCUAGCUGCUUAUUUGCUCAAACCAGUGCAAAGGAUUACUAAAUAUCAGCUUUUACUAAAGGAUCUCCUCCGGUAUAGCGAUUGUGGGACAAUGAGUGCUGGUCUCCAACAGGCAUUGGACUGUAUGUUGGUGGUCCUCAAAUGCGUGAAUGACUCCAUGCACCAGAUCGCUAUAACUGGCGUACCGGUUGAUCUCAAUCAACAAGGCGAACUUCUACUACAAGGGUCCUUCCUCGUAUCUUCUGAGACCAAACGCGAUCUCCGACUGCGUAUACGUCCGCGGCGCAGACAUAUUUUCCUUUACGAAAAAGCCAUGCUCUUCUGCAAACCAGCCGCUAAGAACAGCCACAAUAAGGCCACUUACCACUUCAAGCAUGACUUGCAGAUGUCCCAAAUCGGUCUUACCGAGUCCGUAAAGGGUGAUGUGCGUAAGUUCGAAGUAUGGCGUCAAGGCAGGGCCGAAGUGCAUACGAUAAGUGCGCCCACAGCUGAAAUCAAAAGAGCGUGGGUUGAGAGGAUCAAAAGGGUUCUACUUGACCAGCUCAAGGAACUCAAGGGAGAACGGGUCAGACAAUACGCACAGAAUCAUAGGACACUAAUUCAAACCAGCUCCUGGGAUCUGGGUCCCCAAAAGGAGCGACCACAGCCACCCUCGAAUCCCUCUCGAACGGGUUCUUGUGAUAAUCACGAUGAGCCCUGCUGGUCCACAGAUCCGUCGGAGGACGAAGAAGACGAACCCGAGCACGCACCGGCGGUGGGUUGCGCGCUCAUGGCCCUGUCGGACUACACCGCGGUGGGCGCCAGUGAGGUAUCUCUUCGGGAAGGGCAACACGCAGAGCUACUAAAGGUGGGCUGCGCGGGAUGGUGGUACGUGCGACUUGCAGGUGGUCAAGGUGAAGGCUGGGCGCCGGCGGCUUAUCUUGACCAGCGUAAGACUUCGCGCUCGUCGAGUCGAUCUCACGACCGACUGCACGACCACUAA